CUAUUCUUGAUGUAAUAUGCUUUCCUGGUUACCCCCACAAGUGUCCGAAAUUGCGUAUUGUACCUGAAAAAAACUUGUCUAAAGAAGAUGCAGAUCGGCUACUUUCUCUUCUUUUUGAUCAGUUCAGGCUAUGUGUAUGCAUCCUUUUGCUUAGUGUUUGGUGUCAAGACCGUAGAUCCUAUCAAGGCAGCUUCUACUCCAUAUAUGGGAAGUGCUGAAUUUUUUUAUGCUCGCUUUGUUGGUGUGUGAAAUAAUUGUCCGAUUAUCAUUUUACAUUUAAUGAAGACGCAAAUACAUUUUUUUCUUGAAGAUGCAGGAGUUGUGUAUCAUGUCAAUAAAUAAGAAAAAUGUCAUACAGAACCAGUUCAAACCAUUACAAACUUACUACGACGCACCACGUAAUAAUUAAAAACAUGACCAACAGAAACCUAGCACUGUUAAAACAAGCCCUAAGAACAGUACUGACACAAGGAGACUCCCCGUUGAAAAGACACCCAUUGCGGUUCUUCCUCAUUUCCCAAGUGACAAGAAUUAUCAAGAUGCAAGUACAAUGUUCUAGUAUGUCUGUCAAGAGAAUCAGAAAUAUUAAGGGUUUUUUUUCGUCUGGCAUUGUACUUCAAAAUUAUGAAUUGCACAAUAUCUUACUAAAUUGAACUUUUGCUUUACCUUAGCACGACCAAAUGUGAUUAUUGCUUUUUUCCUUGUACACCCUUGACUCAUUUAUCACCAUCUGUUGUUUAGGCAAACAUUUAUUCCCGAGAAGGGCGUGUUAUGAUUUUUGAUUUGUUUGAGGCUGCCCAAGAGUUUCUGUCAGAGAUUACUCCCUCUCAUGUUUCAGCUAGCACUGCUUCUUACCUGGGUUCGAGCUCAACUACUGAUGUAGAUGUGAAAGUUAGCCUUGACGCUGAUCCUCACCCUGGAAUCUCUUACAUACAUACCUCCUUUGAUCUGUACAGUCAGUUAUAUGAUGAUACUAGUUGGAGUCGACAAGGUCCAGAUCUGACAAUGGAUAGUGGCAGGAAAAAUUCUGGUUCUCAUGUUAAAUCUAAUGUUAGAAGCAAGAGGAAAACAACCAUCGAAAAAUCCCAUGUCUCAGCUGAUAAGGCUUAUCGUGCAAAGAGCUCAUCUGGUGAUAAAGCUGAACAGCAACGUGCCGCAAAGCAUGGUGUCAUACAGGAGGCAGCUCCGAAUUUACAUGUUGUGGCAGAGGAAACUGAAAAUGAUAGCAAAACCUUGUCUACUAGCAAUGCGGGAAAUACAUCAGAUACUCCAGAACGGAGUUUGAGCAGUCUACGUGAGCCUGAGGACGCUGACCUUGCAGACGAAGCUUGGAAUGAAGAAGAUUGUGAUUCAGACUUUAGCUCCUCAAAUGGUUCAUCUUAUGUUUCAGACAUGUUAGAUGAUGCUUCAAGGAAUAAGAAGAGGGAUUUAAUUGUGGUACACCUGCUUCGGAUAGCCUGUUCGUCUAAGGAUUCUCUUUCAGCUGCUUUGCCAGCAAUAUCAUCAGAGCUAUGCAACAUAGGGAUUCUUUCUGAGUGGGCUAAGAAUUUAAUAUCUGACUCUCCUGCUGUUUUUGGGGAAACAUUCAGUCAUGUUUUCGGGGAACAAAUAAUCUCUUCAGAGUGUUCUCUGUUUUGGAGAGCUGAUAAUUCAUCAUCUAGGCCGAAUUCCCGUUAUUUGAAUGAUUUUGAGGAGCUCCGUUCCCUUGGUCAGGGGGGUUUUGGUCGUGUUGCAUUAUGCAAAAACAAGCUAGAUGGACGGCAAUAUGCUGUAAAAAAAAUACGCCUGAAGGAUAGAAGUCCUCAAGUGAAUGAGAAGAUUUUAAGAGAGGUAGCCACACUCUCACGAUUGCAGCAUCAACAUAUUGUCCGUUAUUACCAGGCAUGGGUCGAAACUGAAUACGGUCAUCAUAAUAUUUUGAAUGCUGGUGGUUCCCGCACUGCUGAGAGCUCUAUCUUUAGUUAUGACGACAUCAGCCUAUCGGAUGCAGGUGGUGGAAAUAAGCAGGAAUCCACGUACUUGUACAUCCAAAUGGAGUAUUGUCCUAGGACCCUGCGACAGGAUUUUGAGACAUACAGUUCAUCUUUUGAUAUUGACCAUGCAUGGCACCUAUUUCGACAAAUUGUGGAAGGCCUAGCUCAUGUCCAUAGUCAAGGAAUCAUACACCGCGACCUGACUCCAAGUAACAUAUUUUUUGAUGUUCGCAAUGAUAUUAAAAUUGGGGAUUUUGGUCUAGCCAAAUUUCUGAAGCUGGAGCAGCUGGAUCAUGACCAAUAUCUUCCUACCGAGGCAGUGGGUGUUUCAAUGGAUGGAACUGGUCAAGUUGGUACCUAUUUUUAUACUGCACCUGAAGUAGAGCAGAAAUGGCCACAGAUAAAUGAAAAGGUUGACAUGUACAGUUUGGGAGUUAUAUUCUUUGAGCUUUGGCAUCCAUUUGCCACAGCGAUGGAAAGGCAUCUUGUUCUUUCUGAUCUUAAGCAGAAGGGAGAUCUUCCAAAAUCAUGGGCAGCAGAAUUUCCUGCCCAGUUAAACCUGUUAAGACGCUUACUGUCUCCAAGCCCAUCUGACCGUCCAUCUGCUGUUGAGGUCUUGCAAAGUGAACUGCCUCCUCGGAUGGAAGACGAAUGGCUAAAUGAUGUGCUUAGAAUGAUACAGACACCAGAGGACACAUAUGUUUAUGACCGUGUUAUAUCUACAAUAUUUAAUGAGGACAGGCUGAUUGCCAAAAUGCAAUGCCAACAUGAAAGCAGCAAAAAAUCCACUGGUAACAUUGAUAACAGUGAACUUUUGGAUACUAUCAUUGAGGUUACCAAGGAGGUGUUCAAGCGACAUUGUGCUAAAAGGUUCCAAAUAUCUCCCUUGCAUACUUUGGAAGGAAAUUUUACUGAAAAAAGGGAAAAGACAGUGAAAAUCUUAACUCAAGGAGGAGAGAUGCUAGAACUUUGCUAUGAACUGCGAACACCAUUUGUUAUGUCAAUUGCUGAUAAUCAGACAUCAUCAUUCAAGCGUUAUGAAAUAUCAUGGGUUCAUAGAAGAGCUGUUGGCCAUUCAACUCCUUAUCGUUUUCUUCAGGGGGAUUUUGAUAUUAUUGGCGGUGCUUCACCAAUACCAGAGGCUGAAAUCAUUAAGGUGGCUUUGGACCUUGGGACCCGUUUUUAUGAUCCCAAGGCACUAGUCAUACGUCUGAAUCAUGGCAAACUUGCUGAAGCAAUUUGCUCCUGGGCAGGAGUUUCACAGGAACGAAGACAAAAUGUUGCUGAGUUUCUGUCUUCAACUCUUGUUCAAUAUUGGCCAAAUAAGGCUGACCGCAAGUCACAGUGGAGUUUGAUUAGGGGGCAACUAUUGCAGGAUCUCCGACUUUCUGAAGAAGUUGUUGAGAAGCUACAUAAAGCAGAUCAGCGGUUUUGUGGCUCUGCAGAUCAAGUACUUGCUAGAUUAAGAGGGACCCUGUUCUAUGAUAAAUCUGCUUGCAAGGCUCUUGAUGAUCUAUCUGCACUUCUGAAAUGUUUGAGAGUAUGGUUGGUAGAACAACCAGUUACUAUUGAUGUACUCAUGCCUCCCUCAGAAUGUUACUAUACAGAUUUGUUUUUCCAGGUAUACUCAAAAGAAGGCAAUCAUGGACCAAGUUUCCAUGAAAAGUUGCUGGCAGUUGGUGGACGAUAUGAUUGGUUGAUGGAACAAGCUUGGGAUAAAGCACAUAAAUCCAAACCCCCAGGUGCUGUUGGUGUGAGCAUCGCACUUGAGAAAUUUCUUCCUAACAAUACUUCAUCUGAUCUGGGGCUGCCAAGGUUAUUGUCCAGGAUUGAACCUAGCAUCAGUGUACUUGUGUGUUCAAAGGGUGGUGGUGGUCUGUUAAAUGAGCGCAUGGAACUUGUUGCAGAUCUUUGGAAAGCUAACAUAAAGGCUCAGUUUGUUCCUCAGGAAGACCCAAGUCUGCAAGAACAGUAUGAAUAUGCCAGUGAUCAUGACAUCAAAUGCCUUGUAUUUAUCACGGAAUCAGGUCUCUCACAAACAGAUCUCGUGAAGGUUCGGCAUCUUGAUUUUAAAAGGGAGAAGGAUGUUAAAAGAGAGGAACUUAUAAAGUUCUUGUCUGAUGCAAUAUGUUCGCAAUUCAAAAAUCCUACUAUCUGGAGCGUUACCAGUGGCCCUCCUUAGUCAUUUUGUGUUCAGGUGAAACCAGUGUCAUCUGUUCAAGCAUUGUCCAGGCACACCACAAUCCACAAUCAUGCAUUCUGGCUUCCAUGCAAAACGGUAAGGGAUGGCUCUCUGCAGUCUUGUCUGCUGUUCCAUGGACCGAGGGCCAACGUUACACCCGGUGGCCUCAUCCGAAAAUAUGUGCAGUGAUUGGCCAAUUGGUGUGAUCCUGGUUGAACUUUUUGAGGACCAAUGUCAUGCAAGGUUGCUUCAAAAUACAAGGUGGUGGGUAGUUGAUGCAAUUCUCCAGUUUUGGGGUUAUUGGAUAGAUGGAGAGUUUGCUCCUGCAAAGGCACGGUAUCCCUGGUACUAGCACAACUGCUAUGCAGCAGACUUCUCUUUCCUUUGUGUGUGCGCGUGUGAUUAAUUUUCAACAGGAUUGCCUUGUACUUAGUUCGUUUUGGUGUAGUCCAUCCAUGUACAAUUUUGGUUUUCACAAAAAAAUGUACAUUAUUGGGCUUGCUAAUUGGAAAUGCUCAAUUAUUGGGUUCUUCAUAAUUAUA